CUUGAUCGUCCGUUCGGCGCCUACUUUGAGUUUCGGGGCUGUAGGUCGCGUAAUCGGGCUAUCCGCCUUCAAUAACGCUAUAUUGGCACACAAAAUUGGUCUUUAUACAACUUCGGAACAAUGACAGACGAUAUAGACGUUGAGGCCAUGCUUGAGGAUCACUAUGCUCGAGAGGAUACUCUGGGUCUGCGAUCAUCGUUGACGUCGUUGUGGACGUCUGGCCCUUUUCUACAACUGUAGUUAUCAAUUGAUUAUUUCGGUAUGUUUGACGAAAGUAUUUAUUUUGCUGCCUGUCUUUUUUAUCCCCUUCCACCUCCUGAAUCUGCUAAUGUUGUCGCUCAAUAGGGCUAUUCAAAGUCAAAUGGUCACCGAAGACGUGGUCGGUCGCGUUCCAGGGAUCGCAGCAGAAGGUAGAAUUUCCGUGAUCUUGAUUAUUUCCCCAGACACCGCUCACGCAGCAGAAGCAGAGAACACCGACGGGACAAAAAGUAUGAUCCUGAUCGAGGACGGCACGAGCGCCGUCACAGUUCACGUGACCGUGACCGACAUCGGUCAGGAAGAGAUGGGGAACACAAGUCUUCUCGGAGUGAAAGACGUCACAAGUCUCCUGAACUCACUCCAGAGGAGAGGGAUGCAAGGACAGUUUUUGUAUGGCAACUUUCUGCUCGUAUUCGACAGAGAGACUUAGAAGAUUUCUUCACUUCUGUUGGUAAGAUCAGAGACGUGCGUUUGAUAAUGGAUAACAAAACAAAGAGAUCAAAAGGAAUAGCCUAUGUUGAGUUUCGUGAAGUAGAGUCGGCGCAGUUAGCCCUUGGACUUACUGGCACUCGGUUGUUGGGUGUCCCCAUACAAAUUCAGCAGAGCCACGCUGAGAAAAAUCGAGUUAAUGCCACUCCCUCACUACCUCGUCCAACUCAACAGAACAGAGGCCCCAUGAAGCUGUAUAUAGGAUCUCUGCAUUAUAACAUAACGGAAGAAAUGCUGAAAGGCAUCUUUGAACCAUUUGGGAAAAUCGAGGAUAUAAAGUUGAUCAAGGAUCCCACCACGAACCGUUCUCAGGGUUAUGGGUUUGUAACCUAUGUGAAUAGUGAUGAUGCCAGGAAGGCAUUAGAUCAACUAAAUGGAUUCGAGCUGGCAGGGCGACCGAUGAAGGUAAAUCAUGUGACGGAACGUAGUGAGUAUGCUUGCCUUAGUGCUCUGGACAAUGAUGAAGCAGAUCGUGCCGGCGUGGACCUAGGCACAACAGGCAGAUUGGCUCUAAUGGCAAAACUCGCCGAAGGUACUGGCUUAGAAAUCCCGAAAGCAGCUCUAGCUCAACUACACAUUGGUCAAAAUAACCCCAUUUUGGGGUCAGCAGGCAGUGUCAGCUCGUCAUCUGCUAUCGCUCCCCCUGUUUGCACUCAGUGCUUUAUGCUCUCCAAUAUGUUCGAUCCUCACGUGGCUACCCAUAUGGUUUUCGAAGAAAUACGAGACGACGUAAUAGAGGAAUGUACGAAAUUGGGUGGGUGUCUUCACAUUUUCGUGGAUCGUACUAGUGCUCAGGGAAAUGUUUAUGUCAAGUGUCCUAGCAUUGCAGUUGCCACUCAGUGUGUAAACAUGUUACACGGUCGGUACUUUUCCGGUCGGUUGAUCACAGCAGCCUAUGUUCCUUUAAUUAACUACCACCAGUUAUUUCCUGAUUCAGUGACAGCAAAAACACUGUUGCAUCCUUCAAACUGAAUAUAGAUUUGUAAAUAGUAUGAAUAUCUGUUGACCACUGCAUUUGUCAAUAUAUACACAUCAAUCAGCAU